AUGGUCGAUCUACCUUACGCCCUCGACGCGGAAACGCCCCUCAAGGCAUCCGAGCUCCAGGUCCUCCGCGCCCAGUAUGAAAAGGAAGGCGACAUGGUCGGCGUCCAAACCAAGUUCAACUACGCAUGGGGCCUCGUAAAAUCAGACUCCCGCAACGACCAACAACUAGGUGUUCGCCUCCUCUCCGAAAUCUUCCGCGUCUCCCCCGAGCGCCGCCGCGAGUGCCUCUUCUACCUCGCCCUGGGCAACUUCAAGCUCGGAAACUACGGCGAAGCCCGCCGCUACAACGACCUCCUCCUCGAAAAGGAACCCGCCAACCUCCAGGCCUCGAACCUGCGCCAGCUCGUCGACGAUAAGGUCGCCAAGGAAGGCCUCAUGGGCGUCGCGAUUAUUAGCGGUGUGGCUGUUGCGGCGGGUGUGGUGGGUGCGUUUUUGGUAAGGAAUGUGAAGAGGAGAUAG